GUCACACAAUGUUAUUUUCCCGGCCCUGUGGCUGCCCCGGCGCGCCCCAGUGACCUCGCCCGCGCCACAUCCCUUGGGGCAUGACCUGGUGGCUGGCAGGUCCCUUUCCACUGGCUGGGUUGAGGCGUAGGGGCUAAAAAGUGGGUUGUUUACAGUGUUGGGCUGGCCUGAGGUCCCCCAAGCACCAUGAACGGGCUGAGUAUUAGAGAUAUCUGCUGUCUGUUCUGCUGGCCGCCCUGCCCCUCCAGCAUAGCGGCCAAGAUGGCUUUUAUCCCGCCAGAGCCCACCUAUUCCUUCACCCCCGACGAGACGGGCUCCAGACACUCCCUGCACCUCACGGACAAGGCGGAGUGGCAGUUCACGGACAAGGAGAAGGAAGCUAUUGAGGUUUUCUACACACGGACCACCCGAGGGAACAAAAUCGCCUGCAUGUUCGUCAGGUGUUCCCCUAACGCCAGGUUCUGCAUCCUGUUCUCCCACGGCAAUGCAGCGGACCUCGGCCACAUGAGCAGCUUCUACCUGUCUCUAGGCACGAGGAUAAACUGUAAUAUAUUCAGCUAUGACUACUCCGGCUACGGCGUGUCUGCAGGGAAGCCGUCGGAGAAGAACCUGUACUCGGAUAUAGACGCCGCCUGGCACGCCCUCAGGACCCGCUACGGGAUAUCCCCUGAGAACAUCAUUCUGUACGGCCAGAGCAUCGGGACGGCCGCCACCAUUGACCUAGCUUCCAGAUACGAGGUGGGGGCGGUCAUCCUUCACUCCCCACUCAUGUCUGGCAUACGGGUUCUCUUCAAUACCAAGAGGACCUGGUUUUUUGAUGCAUUUCCGAGCAUUGAGAAGGUUCCGAAGAUCACAUCCCCGGUGCUGGUCAUUCACGGCACAGAGGACAACGUAGUGGACUUCUCCCACGGCCUGGCCAUCCACGAACGCUGCCCCCGCGCGGUGGAGCCUCUAUGGGUGGAGGGCGCGGGUCACAACGACGUGGAGCUGUACAGCCAGUACCUGGAGCGCCUCAAGCAGUUUGUGUCCGUCGAGCUGGUCAAUUGACGUCUUGGUGAGGCCCCCCGCCAUCCAGCCAGGGGGGCUCAACCACCACCCACCCCGGCCUCCAACCUCCUCCGCAUCACACCUGGGGACGAGGGGGGCCGGGGGGUGCGGGGGGUGGCUUGGUGGUGCGGUGCUGGGACACGGACCUGGGGAUGAUUGCCACGGAGGGAAUGUUUGCCACGGAGGGUGUCAUGGCCACGGAGGGCAGGCUGGCGGCCGCCCUCGCCACACCCUCCAGGGAGACGCCCCCUGCCACGUCCGGCCACACCUCCGGGCACACGUCGCCGUCUGCCGCCGCCGCCGCUGCCACCACCACCACCGCGACCACCAACCGCAGCCCGAGUCGCCCAUCACCGAAAAUCCUGAGGGCGUCGGCACCUCCCUCCCCCUCACUCUCCUGCAUCUCCCACCCCCGGAGCCCCCCGGCCCUCCCCCCGGACAUCGCCGCAUCCACCAUCUCCCUCUCCACCUCCUUCCACCACCACCACCACCAUCACCACCACCAGCACCACCGCCGCCACCACUCUCACUCCAGCUCCCCUGCGGAAAAGUUACUGUGACCCCUGGAGUCCUUAGUGUAACCUAGGCUUUUCCUCCCCCCGCCCCGCUUCACCCCAGCCCUCCCCCCGGUCAGCGUUGGGGUGCGUGACUGGGGGUGCCGGCCCUGGGUGUCUGUGGGGCGUGUGUGGACCCUAAGGGACGAUUUGUUAAUGGGUAUAUGUCCUUUUUUUAUCCCCCAUGUCCCUGUGUCCCUGUGUCACUUCUACCUUAGCCUCCCCUCAACUUGUGACCGACAGUGAAGAGAAAACGGGACGAAACGCACUGAAAACGUAAAAAAAAAAAAACAUACGUAGAGAGAAAUGGUUUUUGUAAACUUGAAUGGAUAAAAAAACAAAUGCAAGGAAAACAAAAUCUGGUGGACUGACCUUCAAAAAAUAAGUAAAAACGUCUGGAUGAACGGAUGGUGUUUGUUAAGAGAUAGUGAAUAAAACGUACUGGAAAACGGAUGGUGUGGAUGUGCGUGUCGGAUAUUAGGAUAUGGCUAAGGUACCCCCAUCCCCCCAGCCCCUCCCUAACCUCUCCCUGCCCUCUCCCUGAAGAAACAAACCCUCACUGCCUCUCACUGUAAGAGAAAGUAUUAAAACCAAGAGAGAGAGAGUGAAAAAUGUACAUGUGUGUGUGUGUGUGUGUGUGUGUGGCGUGUAGUCAAACGUACAUGGCUUAUAUGCGCACACAAACACACACACACACACA